UCGCUUUCCCCGCCCGAUGUCGCCGCCCGCCUGCUGAUCUCCUCUCCCCGCUGGUCCCUCGCCGGUGUGGGAUCGUGAAAGGUCCCCACAGAGGCAGGAAACCUCCUUCUCAAAGUGGGAAUGGAGGUAAAUUGUUUAACAUUAAAAGACCUGAUCAACCCCAGGCAACCCAGACUAGAUUUUGCAAUUGAAGAUGGGGAAAAUGCACAAAAGGAAAAUAUAUUUGUUGAUCUCUCAAGGAUGGCCCCGAAGACUCCAAUAAAAAAUGAACCAAUUGAUUUAUCAAAGCAAAAAAUUUUCACUCCAGAAAGAAACCCCAUUACUCCAGUUAAGCUUGUUGACAGACAGCAGGCAGAACCAUGGACGCCCACAGCUAACCUGAAGAUGCUCAUUAGUGCUGCCAGCCCUGACAUAAGAGACCGGGAGAAGAAAAAGGGACUGUUCAGACCCAUUGAAAACAAGGAUGAUGCCUUUACAGACUCUCUGCAGCUUGAUGUUGUUGGGGACAGUGCUGUGGAUGAAUUUGAAAAGCAGAGGCCAAGCAGAAAACAGAAAAGUCUAGGACUCCUGUGCCAGAAGUUUCUAGCUCGCUAUCCAAGUUACCCCUUGUCAACCGAGAAAACAACCAUCUCCCUGGAUGAAGUUGCUGUCAGUCUUGGCGUUGAAAGGAGACGUAUCUAUGACAUUGUAAAUGUGCUGGAAUCACUGCAUCUGGUCAGCCGGGUGGCCAAGAAUCAGUAUGGCUGGCAUGGACGGCACAGCCUGCCAAAAACCCUGAGGAGCCUCCAGAGACUGGGAGAGGAGCAGAAAUAUGAGGAGCAGAUGGCACAUCUCCAACAGAAAGAGCUAGAGCUGAUGGAUUAUAAACUUGGAGAACGUAAAAAAGAUGGCUGCCCAGAUUCUCAAGAUCAACAGUUACUGGAUUUCUCUGAACCCGACUACCCCUCUUCAUCUGCAAACAGUAGAAAAGACAAGUCUCUGAGAAUUAUGAGCCAGAAGUUUGUCAUGCUAUUCCUCGUCUCCAAAACCAAGAUUGUUACUCUUGAUGUGGCUGCCAAAAUACUGAUAGAAGAAAGCCAGGAUACCCCAGACCAUAGUAAAUUUAAAACAAAGGUACGACGCCUCUAUGACAUAGCCAAUGUUCUGACCAGCUUGGCUCUAAUAAAGAAGGUGCAUGUAACCGAGGAGCGAGGCCGGAAACCAGCCUUCAAAUGGAUCGGGCCUGUGGACUUCAGUUCCAGCGAUGAAGAACUAGUGGAUGUUUCUGCAUCUGUCUUACCAGAAUUGAAAAGAGAAACAUAUGGCCAGAUUCAAGUCUGUGCAAAACAGAGGCUGGCUCGACAUGGUUCUUUUAACACAGUUCAGGCUUCUGAGAGGAUCCAGAGGAAAGUGAACUCAGAGCCCAGCAGCCCUUAUAGAGAAGAACAAGGAUCAGGUGGCUACUCCUUAGAAAUUGGAAGUCUGGCAGCUGUUUACCGACAGAAAAUAGAAGACAGUUCACAGGGAAAGGCCUUUGCCGGUAAGAGAGUGAUGCCUCUGUCAAGCAGCCUGGACCCUGUUGCUCCUUCCCCUACCCUGUCUGCUGACUCAGAAUAUCGUGUUAAUCCUUUAGCGCACCAAGUAUUUUCUGUGGCCCAAACGGACCUGCAGUCCUUCUCCAUGCAGAAUGGUCUGAAUGCACAAGCGGGUGUCUCACCGUCUUCUGCCGCCUCAGACGGGGAAACGCCAAAGCCAGCCCUGCUGACUGGCCAGCCCUUGGUGUACGUGCCCUCCACCUCACUGUUCAUGCUGUAUGGGAACCUACAGGAGGGACCGUCCCCAGGGUCAGGCUCAGGUUCGGAGAGGGACGGUGGAAGCUUGGAGGUCACGGCAUCAGAGCAGUCACCCACACCCUCAGUUCAGAAGCGCCUGGGUGAGGAGAGGAAGCCUCAAGAGGAGGAGCCAGCCACUAAAAGACAGAGCAGGGACUAUGAUGACAGCCCUCUAGCCCUUGUCAUGCCCAAGAAACCCUCAGAUUCCACAGACAUCGCUUCUCCCAAGACCCUGGGUCCCGGAGGAUCUGCGCCCCUCGAAGACAUUCACAUGGAGAGUCAACUCUCUGCUGCAGAACAGGCUUCGGGAAAGGCUUCAGCAAACUGCUGCAUUUCUUCCGAGUGGGGAAAUUCUUCAAGAGAUGCAGAGGUUGAAAAGUCUUCAAAAGAAAAUGAAAGCACCAAAGAGCCCUCUUUGCUGCAGUAUCUUUAUGUACAAUCGCCAGCCGGAUUAAAUGGUUUCAAUGUGCUCUUAUCUGGCAGUCAGACCCCCCAUCCUGUGGGGCCACCUUCAGGUCAGCUGCCAUCACUCAGCAUUCCUUGCAUGGUCUUACCAUCCCCGACGCUGGGCACUUUUCCUGUUCUCUAUUCUCCCACAAUGCCCAGGCCAGUUUCCUCUGCCCCUGGUGCUAUCCCAAAUGUGGGACCUGUGAAUUUUGGCUUGCCUGGCCUCGGAUCAACGGCUCAUCUUCUCAUCGGUCCUGCAAACAUGGUUAAUCCAAAAUCAUCGACACUCUCCUCCGCAGACCCUCAGCUUCAGUGUCCAGGCUCACUCAACCUGAGCCCUGUGAUGUCAAGAUCACACAACACCAUCCAGCCUGAAUCCCCCAUGUAUGGGGGGCAUCCAGUCUCUGUAGUAAAAUUACAGCAGUCACCGGUUCCAGUGACCCCCAAGAGCAUCCGACGCACACAUCGUGAGACAUUUUUCAAGACGCCUGGCAGCCUAGGAGACCCGGUCCUUAGGAGAAGAGAGAGGAAUCCGUCACGAAACACCAGCUCGGCACAGAGGAGACUCGAAAUCCCCAGCAGCGGGGCUGACUAACCCCACGCCUCACCAGGCGGGGGCGGGAUCAAACCACCUGAACUUCCCUGUCGCAGGUGAUGCCCUGACGCUGGAUGCAAAACGGAACGCAGGCCGUCAGGUCUUUGGCACACGUCCUUCCUCUUUCACCCACUGGUUCUGGUUACCUGCCCGUCAUCACGGAUCCUCUGUUUUCCGGAAAGUAAUUGUUACUAAUUGUGCAUUCAGUACCAGUUAGAGUCCAGACUCUGUGCGUGGUGUCACAGUGAAAGCACCGACUGACUUCUGUGGUUUUGAUUCAAGAAUCCUCUUAUUGCUGGAAGUAGAUCUGAACAGGCUACUGGAGCCUUGUGGUUUUUCUGCUGGGGGAAGGGGGAGCUGUCUAGCACUUAACCAGGGUGAGCGUUCUGGGCAUGUAUUUCCCCUCACCCUGACUAUAGAUCUGUGGUGAGAGAAACUUCCUUUCUGCAGUUUCAAAAAGCUACUGCUUCCUUAGGCUUCACCAGGAAGCCAACUCCAGUUGUGAAUCCUAUGGUAUUAUUUAUUUUGUUCCUGAAAUGGGAUUUAGUGCAAAAAGUUUACAACUACAGCAAAACACAUGUUUUUUCAGGGUAUGACGACUUGAAUGUUUAUACUUUUUUCCUAUGAUUUGCCCUGCACUUACUUCACAACCUGCUAAUAAUGUGGAUAAAUGUAUAUGCAUGACAGAAUGUCAAGACCAAAAUAACUGUGAAUGGCACACCUUGCUAUACUGAACUGUGCUAACCCUGUCUGGGCGCGAGAACCAAGAGGGACGCCAGCAGCCUGAGAGCUGACCCGUGUGAACCGUGAGGUGUUUACUGUUCAUUUGUAAAAAUCCUACCAUGUGCAGUUCCCUUCACUCUGUGCCCCGUGGGUGUUUUAUUUAAAUGUUAACCGUAGAGUAUCAGGUUUGGAGGCCUUCAAAGAAUCGCUGUUUAUUGAAUAAAUCAGGAUGGUAGCAAGUGAUUAUAUGGAAAAUUGGAACCUGGAUGGGACCUUGUGGUAGAAUUCUGAAGAGCUAAUGAUGUGGAACUUGAUAUAGGAAGAUAGGUGAUCGUUUUAUUUUUUCUUUUGCUUUUUUUCUUUAUUAUUGGAAGGGUAAGAGGGAAAAUGGACACAUUAUGUUGAGCAUCCAAGAGUAUGCAAACCAGUUAUUUUUCAGAGUUUUUCUGAAAAAUACAAGUGGUGAGUGCAGGGAUUUCAUUGUGCUAACAUGAAUACUAUUCUGGAAACAAUUAUGCAAUACUCGUUUGUUAAACCAUAUUGCUUUAGGAUUUCAUCAAGUAGCCAAACUAGCUCUUUUAUUCCUAGAUUUUUUGAUAUGUACCUCAUUCUUGUCUCUUCCAGUAAGUGGCUUCCUCCCUCCCUUCCUUCCUUUUUCCCUUUCUUUUUUAAGCUUCUGUCUUAGAUUUAGAAUCUUGGUGUAGGGUUCUAUUUUAUUA